GGCUGCUGCUGCUCGCUCUUUCGUUCGCCUAGCUCGCUGUCUGGCUGGCCGAGCCGGCGGGCUAGGCUGCGCUGCGCAGCCCCCGGGCCAGAGUCCAGCCCAGCCGCGACGGGCGACCGGUGCGCCCCAGCAGCCCGAGUGCCAAGCCCGAGCUGGGGGCCCCGGGCCGGCCUCUGGCUCGGAGGAAGUCCGCGGGCUCCGUGACCGCCCGCGGCUUCUGGGGGAGGGGAGCAGCUCCAAGUGGCCGCAGCGUCCCAGCCUCCGGGUGCGCCCUGGACACGGCGCGCCUCUGGGGGCUGUGGCCCGCGGGGCCAGGAGCGCCCGGGCGCCCGACGGUUCAGCCAGAGACCAUGGACAUGGAGGAUGAUCCACUAUUGCAGGAGGCUUGGCUAGAUGAGGAAGAAGAGGAGGCAGAAGGAGAAACCCCUGUGGGAUCCCAGAAGCAAGAGCCGGGUCCCGGGAUGAGGAGGCAAUGCUGCUGGAGUUCCAGGCUCCCCCACACCUUGCCCCCAGCCUCUGGGUUCUGGAACAUCUUGGGCUGGGCCUUCACCAACCCAUACUGCGCAGGGCUUGUCCUCUUCCUCGGCUGUGCCAUCCCAACGGCGCUAGCGGCCGUCAUGUUCUUGCAUUACCCAGCCCUGGACAUCGACAUCUCAUACAAUGCCUUCGAGAUCCGCAACCACGAGGCGUCCCAACGCUUUGACGCCCUGGCCCUGGCCCUGAAGUCCCAGUUUGGUUCCUGGGGACGCAAUCGGCGCGACUUGGCUGACUUCACUUCGGAGACCCUACAGAGACUCAUCUCUGAGCAGCUGCAGCAACUCCAUCUCGCAAACAGCUCCCGGCCUGCUGCCCGUCUCCGAAGGGCGAUCCCCGCGUCCCAUCGCCCUGGACCCCAAAUCUGGCAGGAGAGCCUGGUGGCCAAUCGGAACGCAGGGGCCCAGAAGGAAGUCGCCACCAAUCAGAGCGCAUGCCAUCGGGGUGACGUUCCGGGCGCCCUGAGGUUCGCACCCAACCAAAGUCGGCCUCCUGAUCCUGCACCCCUUAGGGUGUCCCUGUCCAAUCAGAGUGGGAGACUCCGGAGGGGCACCUCUCACUGGGACUACUCUCGGGCUUAUGUGAGUGCCAAUACCCAGACCCACGCUCACUGGCGCAUUGAGCUCAUCUUUCUGGCCCGGGGUGAUACGGAGAGGAACAUCUUCACCACAGAGCGGCUGGUCACCAUCCAUGAGAUUGAGAGAAAGAUUAUGGACCAUCCUGGCUUCCGGGAGUUCUGUUGGAAGCCUCAUGAGGUCCUCAAGGAUCUGCCUCUGGGCUCCUACUCUUACUGUUCCCCACCCAGCUCCCUGAUGACAUACUUCUUCCCCACAGAGAGAGGGGGCAAGAUCUACUAUGAUGGGAUGGGCCAGGACCUUGCGGACAUUCGAGGUUCCCUAGAGCUGGCCAUGACUCACCCAGAAUUCUACUGGUAUGUGGAUGAGGGUCUGUCAGCUGAGAACCUAAAGAGCUCCCUCCUCCGAAGUGAGAUCCUGUUUGGAGCCCCUCUUCCCAAUUACUAUUCUGUGGAGGACCGCUGGGAAGAACAGAGGACCAAGUUUCAGAGCUUUGUGGUCACCUACGUCGCUAUGUUGGCCAAGCAGUCUACAAGCAAAGUCCAAGUCCUGUAUGGAGGCACAGAUCUUUUUGACUAUGAGGUUCGAAGGACCUUCAACAAUGACAUGCUCCUGGCCUUCAUCAGCAGCAGCUGCAUUGCUGCCCUGGUCUACAUCCUCACCUCCUGCUCAGUGUUCCUGUCUUUCUUUGGAAUCGCCAGCAUUGGCCUGAGCUGCUUGGUUGCCUUGUUCCUCUACCAUGUUGUUUUUGGAAUCCAAUACCUGGGCAUCCUCAAUGGGGUGGCUGCCUUUGUCAUCGUUGGCAUCGGUGUGGAUGAUGUUUUUGUCUUCAUCAACACCUACCGCCAGGCCACCCACCUGGAGGAUCCACAGCUGCGUAUGAUCCACACCAUCCAGACGGCAGGCAAAGCCACUUUCUUCACUUCCCUGACCACCGCUGCUGCCUAUGCAGCCAACAUCUUCUCCCAGAUCCCAGCCGUUCAUGAUUUUGGUUUGUUCAUGUCCCUCAUUGUGUCCUGCUGUUGGCUGGCGGUGCUCUUCACCAUGCCUGCUGCCCUGGGAAUCUGGAACCUCUACGUGGCCCCGCUGGAGAGCUCCUGUCAGACAAGCUGCCACCAGAAAUGUGCCCGGAAGAGCUCACUCCAUCUCUCCAAUGGCCUGUUCAUCAGUCCGGAGCCAGCAGGAGUCGGCCCAGCCCAGGGUCCUAUGCCCUACCUGGAUGAUGAUAUCCCACUGUUGAAUGUGGAGGAGGAGCCAGUCACCCUGGAGAUGGGGGAUGUCCCCCUCGUGUCUGUGCUCCCUGAGAACCUACAGCUUCCCCUGGAGAAGAGCAGCCGGGGCCAGCUCAUCACUCAGCUGCAAGAACUUCUCCACCACUGGGUACUGUGGUCAGCCGUGAAGAGCCGCUGGGUCAUUGUGGGGCUCUUUGUUACUGUCCUCAUCCUGUCCCUCUAUUUUGCUAGCCGGCUCCGGCCGGCCAGCCGAGCACCCCUCCUUUUCCGCCCGGACACCAAUAUCCAGGUGCUGCUGGACCUCAAGUACAACCUGAGUGCUGAAGGCAUCUCAUGUGUCACCUGUUCAGGUCUGUUUCAGGAAAAGCCCCACAGCCUUCAGAACAAUAUCCGGACAUCUCUGGAGAAGAAGAAAAGGGGUUCCGGACCUGCCUGGGCUAGCCGAAGUGAAGCCACCCAACAGGAACCUCAGGGCACCGUUUAUAUCUCCAAGGCCAAGAGCAAGGGCAAACCAGCGAUCUACAGGUUUUCUCUCAACGCCAGCCUCCCUGCGCCAUGGCAGACAGUGUCCCCUGGGGAUGGGGAGGUGCCCUCCUUCCAGGUAUAUAGAGUGCCUUACGGUAACUUCACCAAGAAGCUGACCGCUUGUAUGUCUACAGUAGGGCUGCUCCAGCAGACGAGCCUCCGGAAAUGGAUGAUGACGUCUUUGGCCUGUGAUGCUAAGAGGGGCUGGAAGUUUGACUUCAGCUUUUAUGUGGCAGCCAAGGAACAGCAGCGAACCCGGAAGUUAUACUUUGCCCAGUCCCACAAGCCACCCUUUCAUGGGCGUGUCUGUGUGGCACCUCCAGGCUGCCUUCUCAGCUCUAGCCCAGAUGGCCCCAACAAAGGCUUCCUCUAUGUACCCAGUGAGAAAGCCCCCAAGGUCCGGCUCUCAGCAACCUCAGGCUUCAACCCUUGUGUGAACACUGGCUGCGGAAAGCCUGCCGUGCGUCCACUGGUGGACACAGGAGCAAUGGUCUUUGUGGUCUUUGGCAUCCUUGGCGUCAACCGGACCCGGAACUUGGACAACCACGUCAUUGGAGACAUGGGCAGCGUUAUCUACGAUGACAGCUUUGACCUCUUCAAAGAGAUUGGGCACCUCUGCCGACUGUGUAAAGCCAUCGCAGACAACUCGGAACUGGUCAAGCCAGGUGGGGCCCAGUGCCUCCCCUCAGGUUAUAGCAUCUCCUCCUUUCUGCAGAUGUUACACCCUGAGUGCAAGAAUCUGCCUGAGCCCAACCUACUCCCUGGGCAGUUGUCCCACGGGGCUGUGGGCGUGCGAGAGGGCAAAGUGCAGUGGAUCUCCAUGGCCUUCGAGUCGACUACCUACAAAGGCAAGUCAUCUUUCCAGACAUACUCUGACUACCUCAAGUGGGAGACUUUCCUACAGCAACAACUGCAGCUGUCCCCAGAAGGCUCAGCCCUGCGCCGAGGCUUCCAAACCUGUGAACACUGGAAACAAGUUUUCAUGGAAAUCAUAGGAGUACAGAGUGCUCUAUAUGGCCUAGUCCUCUCAUUGCUCAUCUGUGUAGCUGCUGUUGCCGUGUUUACCACCCACAUCCUGCUCCUGCUACCUGUGCUGCUGAGCAUCCUAGGUAUCGUCUGCCUGGUGGUCACCAUCAUGUACUGGUCUGGCUGGGAGAUGGGAGCUGUGGAGGCCAUAUCUCUGUCCAUCCUUGUUGGCUCCUCUGUGGAUUACUGUGUACAUCUGGUGGAAGGGUACCUGUUGGCUGGAGAGAGCCUUCCCCUCCACCCAGCUGAGGACCCAAGUGCCCAGCGCCAGUGGAGGACGCUGGAGGCUGUCCGGCACGUGGGGGUGGCCAUCGUCUCAAGCGCUGUUACCACGGUCAUAGCCACCGUGCCCCUGUUCUUCUGCAUCAUUGCUCCUUUUGCUAAAUUUGGGAAGAUCGUCGCACUCAACACAGGGGUCUCCAUUCUCUACACUCUCACCGUCAGCACAGCCCUGCUGGGUAUCAUGGCACCCAGCUCCUUCACCCGAAGCAGGACUUCCUUCCUUAAAGCCCUUGGGGCCGUACUCUUGACUGGUAGCCUUGGCUUGGGUAUCUGUCUUCUGCUUCUAAGAAACGGAUACAAAAUCCCCCUACCCAGUGGGACCAACCUCUAAUCCUGGGACAUUCACUACCUUUUCUUUCCUUUAUUCUGACUUUAUUUUUUUUAAGAGGGACAUUUUUUGUAAACUUUUUGCCUGAGGGAAAAACCGGGGAGGGGGGAGGGAUAGAGGGGAGGGUGGGGACACUUGGGCAGGGAAAGCAUGGGAAAGGGAGUCUAAUUUUUGACUCCGGAGGCACUUUAUUGCAUAGUAGGGACUGAACUCUUUAUUUCCUUGGUCCCCAGACUGAGCACUGUCCAAGACACAACAGAGGAAGGGCACAGGGCCCCUCCACUGCCUGGGGACAGAACUGAGGACAAACUGGUAAAUGGGAGCCCAGUUGACAGAUGGUGGUCACUACCCAGGAGUGACCUCUCCCGGCUGGGUGCCUCAGACUAUACUCUUGAUCUUUCACUGAUGUUGGAAAGGGCCUCAGGCUCCUGAGCCAUUAGGGUGGAAGUGGCCCUGACACCCUUCUCCCUAUUUUUUUUAAAGAGCACAGCAGGGAUAAGGGAACAGGAAGGGGAGUUCCCCUUUUUGGCUCCCUACCCAAGACACUGUCCCCUCUAUCCCCACCACAGGUUGUCCCCUUUUCCUAAAGGGUUCCUGAUUAUAUGAGUCCAGAGGAUCCCUUCCUGGAUUGCAUGCUAUCCUUCCCUUUUCCAUCCUCUCCGGGUUCUCCGAAGGGCCCUUUCUCAUGGUCCCAGAACCCUGACCACAAUCUUCCUCAGAUCAGUUCCCUUUCCCGGAGUCAAGAAUCCAGAGCUCUUUGCCCCCCAUUCUCUGGCGCCACCCCCCAGGGCCUAAGCUUGAGAUAGCUUUGGAAGGAAGGGGUUAGAGAACAGUGGUCACUACAGGGGAGAGAUCAAGGCCCCCCCCACCCCCACUCACUCAGAUCAAAUGAUUUUUAUUAAAGCAAAAUGGAACUGCAGACCAGUAUCAUUAACAAGUACAUUUUAAGCACUGAUGACUCCAUCAUUUUCUUUAAAUGGAGAUAAUUAACUGCAAAAGCAGUGCUCAGCCACUCAGGCCAAAGGGAAGAGGGCAGGAAACUGAUAGCAAGGGUGAGAAGCAAAACUUAAAGCCAGGGUCUCCCAAGUCAAUAUUCUUCUAUUAUACAUUUUCAGCAAUAUGGGACGGCAGAAAUUCAAGUCAGUUCUGUUCAAUUCAACAAGCACUUAUUAGGCACCUACUAUAUGCUAGGCCCCAGUGCUAGUGCUAGGCCCUGAGAAAAUAGUCACAAUAGUCUCCUUCUUUUGGGGGGAAGGGCUAGGGAUUGGGUGAUAACAUGUACUCAAAAAAGUACAUGUGAAAUACCCAUGCAACAAAGGGAGCAUGAAAAGGGAGCUGGGAUUAUAAAUGUAUAUAUGAAGAGAGAGAGAGAGAGAGAGAGAGAGAGAGAGAGAGAAAGAAAGAGAGACAGAGAGGAGAGAGAGAGAGAGAGAGAGGAGAGACAGAGAGAGAGAGGAGA